UGAUCCGCCAUAUUUUAUCUGCAGAGAGUCGCCCUUUGGUUCUAGGGUAGUGUAAUUUUUUUGAUGGAAUUUGUAGAAUAGUGUUUCCACGAGUAUUUAGUUAUUAUUAAAAUAAUCAGUGAUAAGUGCAAUAUAUGUAAACGAUCUAACAAUCAAUCUAGCCGUAGCCAAUGUGGUAUAAUCAUAGUUUCCUGUUUCGGCUAUCCAAUCUAUUCUAAACAGAAAAUGGCCGUCGGUGUUGGUGCGGGUGUCUCCUUUGUUUAGACAUAAAUCUAGUGAAAAUAAAGAGCAAAAGAAAUAAUGCCUAGUGCCUCAUUCUCCUCUUCGCGUUCUUACGUUCGUAGAUCGCGAAGAAAAGGCGGACAUCGCAUACCGCUACCAUCUAGGACACAAUCAAGUGAACCAUGUGAGUCGGUGCCGUGUCCUAACAACGUGACGGGAAUGGCGGCAAUCGCGUGCGCUGGGCCCAGCGGCAGCGGAGGCGGCGGCUCGCCCCCAGUGCCCGCCGCGGCGGCCGCCACCACCGCCGGCCAUCACAGCCCGUACGACCUGCGCCGCAAGUCGCCGCCGGCGUACCACGAGCCCGGCCCGUCUGGAGCCUGCUCGCUGCCAGCACGGAAGAGGCCUAGAACGUCGCUGUCACAGGGCGUGGACGUGUGCAAUGUGUCGCAGUACCUGCAGUACGAGUUGCCCGACGAGGUGCUGCUGUGCAUCCUGUCGCACCUCACCGAGCGUGACCUGUGCCGCGUCGCGCAGGUCUGCAAGCGGUUCAACACCAUCGCCAAUGACACUGAGUUGUGGAAAAGGUUAUACCAGUCGGUGUUCGAGUAUGACACGCCGCUGAUGCACCCCGCGCCGUGCCAGUUCGAGUUCGUGGUCUCCGACGACUGCGACGCCGACAACCCGUGGAAGGAGAGCUUCCGUCAGCUCUACUACGGCAUCCACGUGCGUCCCAACCACCGCCCCAAGAAGGACUCGCGGAUCAAACACUUUAAUACUAUAAGGGCGGCUCUCGAGUACGUGGAGGAGCGGGGCGGGGCCGGGGGCGGGACGGCGUGCACGUGCGGGCCGGCUGCGUGCGCGUGCCGUAGGGCCGCCGCGCCGCACGCGCACGCCGCGCCCGCACUCGUGUUCGUGCACGCCGGACUGUACCAGGAGGAGUGCCUCGCUAUUGAAACAGAUGUGCAGCUCAUUGGUUGCGGGUCGGGCAAUGUCGCGGAGAGCGUGGUUCUAGAACGCGAGGCGGAGUCGACGCUGACUUUUGGCGAGGGAGCGAACCGCGCGUACGCCGGUCACAUGACGCUCAAGUUCUCGCCCGACGCGACAAGCACCAUGCAACACCACAAACACUACUGCCUCGAGGUGGCCGACAACUGCUCGCCGACUGUCGAUCACUGCAUCAUACGCAGCGCGAGUGUCGUGGGUGCGGCCGUGUGCGUGAGCGGCGCGGGCGCCAACCCGGUGAUAAAGCACUGCGACAUUAGCGACUGCGAGAACGUCGGCCUGUACGUGACUGACUACGCGCAGGGGGCCUACCAGGACAACGAGAUAUCGCGGAACGCGCUCGCCGGGAUAUGGGUGAAGAACUUCGCCAACCCCAUCAUGCGACGGAACCACAUACACCACGGACGCGACGUCGGCAUAUUCACGUUUGAGAAUGGUUUGGGAUACUUCGAGGCGAACGACAUACACAACAACAGGAUCGCCGGGUUCGAGGUGAAGGCCGGCGCCAACCCCACCGUGGUGCACUGCGAGAUACACCACGGCCAGACCGGCGGCAUAUACGUGCACGAGUCGGGCCUCGGACAGUUCAUAGACAAUAAGAUACACUCAAACAAUUUCGCCGGAGUUUGGAUCACGUCGAACAGCAAUCCCACUAUACGCAGGAACGAGAUAUACAACGGCCACCAGGGCGGUGUGUAUAUAUUCGGCGAGGGCCGCGGACUCAUCGAGCACAAUAACAUCUAUGGGAACGCGCUGGCUGGUAUACAGAUCCGCACAAACAGCGACCCCAUAGUGCGGCACAACAAGAUCCACCACGGUCAGCACGGCGGCAUCUACGUGCACGAGAAGGGGCAGGGCCUGAUCGAGGAGAACGAGGUGUACGCCAACACGCUCGCCGGCGUGUGGAUCACCACCGGCUCCACGCCCGUGCUGCGCCGCAACCGCAUACACUCGGGCAAGCAGGUUGGCGUAUACUUCUACGACAACGGUCACGGGAAGCUCGAAGACAACGACAUAUUCAACCACCUGUACUCCGGCGUCCAGAUCCGCACCGGCUCCAACCCCGUCAUCCGGGGCAACAAGAUCUGGGGCGGGCAGAACGGCGGGGUCCUCGUGUACAACGGAGGCCUAGGGCUCCUGGAGCAGAACGAGAUAUUCGAUAACGCCAUGGCGGGCGUGUGGAUCAAGACUGACUCAAAUCCCACACUCAAGCGGAAUAAAAUUUUUGACGGGCGCGACGGUGGCAUUUGUAUUUUUAAUGGAGGAAAGGGUGUGUUAGAAGAGAACGAUAUAUUUCGCAACGCGCAGGCGGGCGUGUUGAUAUCGACGCAGAGUCAUCCAGUAUUACGGCGCAACCGCAUCUUCGACGGUCUGGCCGCCGGUGUAGAAAUAACUAAUAAUGCUACGGCUACGUUAGAACAGAAUCAAAUUUUUAAUAAUAGGUUUGGAGGCUUAUGUUUAGCGUCAGGAGUGACGCCUUUAUUGAGGUGCAACAAAAUAUUCAACAAUCAAGAUGCGGUGGAAAAGGCGGUGAACGGAGGACAAUGCCUCUACAAAAUAUCCUCAUAUACCUCGUUUCCAAUGCAUGAUUUUUAUAGGUGCCAGACAUGUAACACAACAGACCGAAAUGCCAUAUGUGUCAAUUGUAUCAAAACGUGCCAUUCGGGGCACGACGUAGAAUUUAUACGACAUGACAGAUUCUUCUGCGACUGCGGCGCGGGCACGCUGUCCAACCAGUGCCAGCUGCAGGGCGAGCCGACGCAGGACACCGACACGCUGUACGACUCCGCCGCCCCCAUGGAGUCCCACACGCUCAUGGUCAACUGAGCGCCCCGCCCCCCACGCCCCGCCCCGCCGCAAACCGCCCGCCUGCCGCCCCGCGCCCCGUGUGAUAGCGGUGUACAUAGCGAGGGUAGGGGGCGCGCGCGGCAGACGGCCCCCCCACAGUCUAGUCUAUCGGUCGAGCGAGAUGCACGGACUAGAAACUGGACUGGACUCCACUAGUCUCUCCGCCUUAUUAUUUAUUAUGGUCCGUCGUAGCUCGCGCGGGAAAGGUUAUAUGCAGCUGCAUAUUUGUUAUGUAUACGCGAGAGGAUUAGAGCUACGACGGACGAUACGUUUUCUCAAAAAUUAAUUCGAACGUCGAUGACUAAAAAUUGUAUAUUGCUGCUAAAUGUAUUAUUAUAUUGAAUCUGAAUCGAUCGUUAAGAUAUUUAAAUGUUUAGGGUACGAUUUUUUCGCCGACUAAAUUAAAUUAAACGUUUCGAUCGUAGCGGGGCCCCCGCCAGUCCCUAGUCGGUUCAUCUCCACUCAUUAUUUUACGUUUCGGUUAAGGCUGUCAAUAAAUUUUCGUACUGCCGGCCCGCGGGGAUACUCUACACACCCGCGGCUCCGCCCCCUUCUAGAUAAGCAAUUAUUUUUAUUAUCUAAAACUCGGCUACGAAAGUCGCCGGGAACUAUUUCGCACAUGACUUACUCUAUCGAUAUAUCUCUAUAGCGGUUCGUGUAAAGACUGCAUUAUCGCGUAUACAUUAAUUAGGGGCAUUAUGUUUCGGUACUUAACUGUGUAUCCCAUGUAGAAUCGUGCAUUCCCAGGACGCUACAGGUCGACGGCGGUCGAGUCCGAGUGGGCCUCUACGCGUGCACCGUGUAGGCGCGUGCUCCGUGAGCGCAGCGAGCGCGAUUUGCGUCUCACCGGCCCGGCGAUUCACGCGGAAAGUAUUUUAGUUGUCGCCUCGCAACUGCGAUUGUCAGGUCGGCUACGUGUAAUAUAAAAUAUUAUAGGUAACGUUUUUAUAUAUUUGACAUUAAAGAUAUCCAUUUUAUAGUUGAGCAUUUAUAAGUUUGGCUCUCCUGACGAUGGGUUGUCCGUUUUAGUUAAUAAAGAUAUUUGUAUUGGAGGUAGGUCCGCAGCGGAGUGCGGCGUCGCCAUCGGAGGAGCCCCGCCUGGUCGGCGCGCCCUCCGCGACUUGUAAAUAUUUAUGUCACACAAUAAUCGAAAAGGUAGUCGUAACUGAUGUAUUUGUAUCAUUAUAUUUUUAUUAUUGAUCACAAUAUGUAUGUUAAAUGAUGAAUGUACGUACGUAAAGCUAGGUAGGUGCGUCGCGCCGUCCGCGCGCCCGCGUCCGUAUCGUGUAUUAUAGAAAUAAAACGAAGUACGUAUUCGAAAAAAGAUCUUAGGUACAAUUGAUAUUUUAUUAUUAUAUUGUUAAUUUAAAUGUGGUAUUGAUAUCGAUCGACAAGCAAUUUUAGGGAACCGGGAGGCCGCUCCGAGCGGCCGGAGUGCUCGUAGUGGUAAGUUAGCCGGUAAGCUGUAAUGAAACUAAAUUACUCAGUAAUCACUAUUCGCGAGGUACAUUGUUAAAUCGUCUCAAUAGCACAGUAUGUUCCGAGAAGCUUUUUUUAUAAUCCUCAAUCUGUGAUCAUUGCUAAUUGUGUAAGAGAAUAUUUAAGUUCACCGCAGAUGGCAGUACGUAUCCUAUACGAUAUACGAAUACAUCAAAAUUGUCGCGUAUGCAUUCUAAUAUUAUUGUGAAAAAUAUUUAUUGAAUUUAAUUAUCAGUAUGUUCUUAAUUUAUUAAAAUUAUUCUGGAUAUUUUGUUUAUACCUGAAAGUAAAUGAAACUGUAAAAUCCGUGAUAUACAUCAUAUAACAUUUA